GGCGUGACGAGACGCGUCGCGCCUGUCACAAGAAGUCCCGGAAGUUGGGAAUGGACGGGGCGGGCGCGGGAACAGCGGGCUGCCAGUGAUCCUCCCGUGCCGGACUCUGAGUUUACGUCUUUUCUCUUCCCUUUAUCUUCCCCUGGCGACGACGAUCUGCCCUUCUUUCCCCCACACGCGACGCGACGCGAAGGACGCGACCCGCCAUGAUGAUAAACCACCUCCCCACAGCCCUUGCCCUUGCCCUUGCCACCUAUGUCUUAUACAGGCUCUUCGUCAAGUCCAGGUCGCUCACGAAGGAUGUCGCUGAUCUCCCCGGACCUUCCCCCGCCACCGCGAGCACGCUUCUCGGCCACGAGCUGCUUAGCUGCGAGCCCGAUGCGGUGGAGACGCUCAAGCAGUGGGGCAAAGCGUUUGGGCCCAUGUUCAAGAUGCAGGGAGCGCUGGGCCAUAACGAUAUCCUAGUUGCGUCGGACCGCGCGGCCGUGCAGCAUAUUUUUGCGGACACCUGGAAUUAUAUCAAGGCACCCUCGAUGGGUCCCCCGAUUGCGGACAUCAUGGGCAGAGGAAUCGUUUGGGCUGAAGGCCAUGAUCAUGCAAAGCACCGUAAAUGCCUAUCUCCCGCUUUCUCCCAGGACUCUAUCAAGAACAUGGCUCCCGCGAUCCUCGAGUGCGCUGAGCGUUUAGCGAGUACGCUUUCUAAUCGCGUCCUCGCGCAGCCCGCAACAUUCGACAUUAUGCACCCUCUCGGCGCGUGCACGCUAGAUAUCAUCGGGCGCGUCGCCUUUGCGUGGGAUUUCCAUGCGCUCGACCCGCAGCCCCCGCCGGACACCCUCGCUAUCCGCGGCGCGUUCGCUCGCUAUGUAACAAUCGGCGCUACGUUUGCGGCCUUCCUCGUGCCGAAGGUUCUGCGUGCUGCCCCUUGGAUUAAUAACGUCCCCCUGCCGCUCAUAAAGAGCCGGCAUGUGCUCAAAGAUACGGUCAGGAAGUUGGCGAGGCGAGUGCUAGAGCGAUACGAAGCGGGGUCCGUGGAGAGCCUGGAGAAGAAGCGGGAUAUUCUGGGCCUGCUUGUGAACGCGCGGGCGAAGGAUAAGGAUGGGCUUUCUGACGAACAGAUUUUGGAUAACAUUUGUACGCUGGUUCUCGUAGGGAGCGAGACUAUCGCCGGUUCGCUCACCUUCACGCUUUGGGAGCUCGCGCGACACGAGGAUGUCCAGACCCGCCUCCGGAACGAAAUCCUCGCCGCCGGGCCCGACCUGUCCUACGACACCAUCCAGCGCCUGCCGUACCUCGACGCCGUGAUGAAGGAGGGCCUGCGCGUGCACCCGGCGUCGCCGCAGACGGAGCGGGUGGCGAUGAAGGACGAUGUGCUGCCGUUGAGUAGGCCGGUGCAUAUGAAGGAUGGGAGGGUGGUGGAUAGGGUGGCGGUGGGGAAGGAUCAGGUCAUCCUCGUCCCCUUCACCACUAUGAAUACGUCGCCGGAGAUCUGGGGUCCAGAUGGGGAGGUCUUUCGCCCGGAGCGUUGGCUGGAGGAAGGCGGCGUGCCGCCGCCUGACGCACUCCCGCACGGGAUUAAUGGCUUGGUGACGUUUUUGGAUGGCCCGAGGAAUUGCUUGGGGUGGAGGUUGGCUACCUUCGAGUUCAAGGCCGUGCUGGCGAUGUUGGUGCGGAAUUUGGAGUUCGAGGAUUCGGGGGCGAGGUUUGUCAGUAAGAUUUCCCCGACCCGGCAGCCCAUCAUAGAUGGGAAGGCGGGCGAGCUGCCGAUCCGGGUGUCGAUGGCGAGCCCGUGAUUGGGUCGCUGUGUUGGACGCGCCGAUGAGUCGCCUGGAAGGUGAUUAUGGACCGCUACGACGUUACGCCGGAGCUCGCGAUGCGUGGGAUGGGUCGAUUCCACUGAAAGGUGAUCAUAUUGAAUUGAUUGGUGCCAGUAAUGAAUGGGUCAAUACGAACAUGCGGGUGGGGCGACGGAGAUGUGUGGAAGAGCGUAUACGCCGCCGCCCGAUUCGACUCGACGGCGCCCGAUUUUUGUAUCGGCGUACGUUCGGGAUGGACGAGCGGUAUUCGACUUGUAUGGGCGUGGGGUGACCGGGAUGAGGGACCGUGCGAUCGUAUACGUACUCUUAAUGCGUAUGUCGUUAUUAUCAGUUUCUGUUCUGGAAGGCUUAUUGUAUAGGUACUGUAUCGUACUGUACUCGAGUAAUUUGUGGGUUGGUUAUCCUCUACUUCGGGUCGACUUGACGGGGUGAUAGAGCUGGACUUUGGAUAUCGAGC